AUGAAAAGCAGGAAACAAAUUUCAAAUUUAACGAGUUCGCCAGAAGAUUCAGAUAUUACCACAGAUGGCGAAUAUCAGUCUAUGUCACCAAGACCGCAGUCGCAGCUAUUACCGUCACCACGGCCACAGUCGCAGCUGUCAAACCGGACCUCUUUAUCCAACGAACAGCCUCUCAAAAUGUCAAAUUUAUUGUUCAAACAAUAUAUUGAAGGAAAGCAAAUAGAAGAUGACCCAACCAUUAGUUUUUUCUUAACCAUGGGCCGAACUGUGAAAACAAUGCCUAAAAAUAUUCAAGCCAAAUUAAAGGGCGAAAUUUCCCGCCCUAUAAAUGAAACGGAAAUAAGACUUGCCGAUGACACCGGUGAUAAAAUGACACGAGAUACAGCUGAAUUCAACUUAUCUGCCACAGGAAAUAAUACAACCAUGCCAUCUUCUUCAAAUUAUUCAUUGGAAACAACCAGUAUCAGUCCUAGAUCUGUGACAGAAAAUUACAAUGAAACAAACAUUCCAACCACAUCCUUUUCAUACACACCAUCCAAAAUACCGUCAACUUCAACAAGUUAUCAAGAAACGAACACAGAAAAUAUCUACUACAGCCGAAGAAACAUUUAA